AUGGAGAACUUUAUCACUGAGUUAGAAAGUGAAGCAGUCACAGAGCUGAUCAAGUUGGAGUCAGUGAUUCUAGAGAACCUGAAGAAAUACUUUGAGCAGCCAGAAGNUCAGUUUGUUCACCAGAACGUUUCUGAUGUUUCAGCCCAUGAGAAGAACCUACGAGACAGAAAGCUGCUCCUAGAACAGCUGAAUGAGAUGACCCAGGCAGCAGCUAAAAUGGAAAAGAAAGAGAAGAACAAGAAAUUCACUGAUGUCAUGGAGUACAAUCCAGACACUGGGAACUGCUACAUUCCAGGACUCUGGAAUGGAAACCCACCAAUGGCACCAGUUAAUGCAGGAUACAGUGAGGCUGUCUAUGAGCUCAAGAAAAACAUCAUCCAACUGCUGGGAAAGUGUGGGUCAACUUCUAAUAAUAUCUUGGAGUUCAGAGAGUGGAUAACCAGCCUGUGGAACGCAGUAAAACAUGAAAACUUCAUCUUCAGCUUUAGAAACAGUCUGGUAGCUGAUGCAUACAUGAGGCUCUGCACAGAGUACAACAAAUGGGAGUGGGAGUUUAAAAAAGAAAUGUACACCUGGGUUACCAAUGCAGAAACUAAAAUUUCUAAUUUGGGUACAGCUGCUGCAACAUCUGACAUAUCUGACAUUGGGAAUUUUAUCACUGUGUUAGAAAGGGAAGCAGUCACAGAGCUGACCAAGUUGGAGUCAAAGAUUCUUGAGAACCUGAAGAAAUACUUUGAGCAGCCAGAAGGUCAUGUUUACCUGGUUGAAGGAUACAGAGAGGAUUUCUCUAACAGCAUAAAGAGUCUUAGAGAACAAACUGAAAGAUCAGUGUUUAACCAGCUCAGAGUAGCAGCAGACAUCAAACAGGGAAAGCAAGAACUGGAUAAAAUUAAGACCACCUACACAGAACAAAUUGAAAAAGCAGUUUGUGCUUUAAUUAAUGAGUGCCGAAAGAAAAACGUAAAAAUGACAGACAAAGAGCUAGAGGAAAGUUUUGAUAGGAUGUGGACUAAAAUAUUGAACACCUUGACUUUUGCUGCACCGCAGACUUUAAAUGUUUAUGAUAGGGUUUACCGUCAGCUGCGCGCAAAUAUUUCACCCAAAGGAAGCCAUGCAAAUGAACUGCUAAAUAAAACAACACUUCAAGACUGUGGAUUGGAGCCUUUUAAAUACAGACCUAAAGGAGUGGGGGAAAACGUGAAAGUUGCUUUGAAAGGAUGGUGGUCUGAGAAGGAUCUAGUAAAGGAGAGACAAAAAAAUGCAAACAGCAUCAUAGCUGAUUGCAGUGAGUUUGUGUUAAGCAAAAUGGAAAAGAAAACAAAUUAUCAUGAUACUUACAUCCUGGAGAUCCUUCACAUCAUUGAUGAGAAGCUGAACAAUGAUGAUGUUAACAGUGACAUUGACUUUGAGGUUUCUCUGAAGCAGCACAUCUGUGGAUUUGCUGCUAGAGAGUUUCAAAAGAUGCAUGAAAAAUUUAUACAAGAAAAUGAUCCUAAGAGUAGUCUGCAGGAAAACAAGGAAAAGUUCUGCACAGAUUUCAAAGAUGUGUUCCAUGAGAGAGAUCAGUGCCGGAAGAAAGCUGAAGAAUUCACCAACCGAAUUCUGAAACCUGCUGUGGAGAAAUUUGUCUAUCGUUCUCUUGGUUCUGAUAUUGUUGAUAAAAUGCUGACAAAAGAAGAGUUCAGCACACGGAUGUCCUUCCAGUGUUCAAUUUUACUGGAUUUGAUUGAAAAAAGAAACUUCCCAAACUUUCAGAGAUACAUUUGCUCAUAUGAAGAUUAUGUAAAAUUAUUCAUACGUGAUAGAAUUAAGGAGAGUUUCUCUGAGUUCUCAGUAUCUAAGUUAGAGGACAGACGUCUUCAGUCCUGCAUCGACCACAUAACUGCUGCCAUUGAAAAGGCAAAAGCAGAAAAGACAGACAGUCUGAAGACAUUUGUUGAAAAUAUCUGCAAAGAACUUGGUCAUGAACUGACUAUUCCCCAGGAUGCUCUCAUUGCCUUUAUGGUUCUGAACAAAGCUGACCAGGAACAGUUUGCUCACUGGCUCAAUGAGUGUGUGACGGAAAUCAAAGAAGCUCUUAGGGAGAAGUUUAAAAACACAGACUUUGAAACAAAACUCAGUCAUCUCCAUUUAAAACCACAGGAUGAGCUUUUCACCAGAGUGGUUGGUUGUGGCAAACAGUGUCCAUUCUGUAAAAUAUCCUGUGAUGCAGGAGGACCACGUCACACUGAACACUUUGCUUCCCUGCAUCGACCAAAGGGUUUGGGUAGGAACAGGUUUGAACAUUCAAGAAAACUUACAACUGACAUCUGUUCUUCUGCUGUCAUCAGUGACAACAGAUUUCGCUGUAGCGAUACAAACAAUAAAUGGCAUCCUUACAAAGAUUAUAGGACGAUAUAUCCAGACUGGAAAAUUACUCCAGAUUCAAGUUAUGAGGCAUCAGAUUAUUGGAAAUAUGUCAUGAACAAGUACAACGAGGAAUUUGCUGAAGCAUAUGAAGCAAAGCCUGCUGACAUUCCUGAUGGUUGGAAGACAAUCAAAGAAGAGCAGGCAAAGGAAAGUCUCAAGAAAUCAUUCAGCAUCAAAUGA